AAUAGUCUUCCUACCAAACGGACUGCUCGCGCAGGAAAGAUAACUAAAAGCGUGAAAAUGCUCAAAUUAGACAGCAAAAAUGGCAUUAUCCUCACGGGAGUGCUGUCGGUGGUCUUUGCCAUUGUCUACUUGGCUCUAAUGGAUGACUAUUUCUGGCGAUAUGGAUCGUACGACCUGGGUAUACAUGUGUCGGUGCUGCAAAUACUGGGAAGCGUAUGCCUAGUAAUUGGUGCCAUAAAGGAAAAGUAUAAGCUGUUCGUGCCAUGGAUGAUAACCUGUGGAUUCUUCUUGUACCUCAUGGUAUUUCUGGGCGUUGUUUUGAUGGUCAAUGACAACUGGAUCUUUGUUCCGGUCAUGGUGGUGCCAUUUACAGCCUAUCUAAGCUAUGCCCUGUUCUCGGUUCAAAAGGCAUUCGAUAGAAUGAGAAAGGAUGAGCCGCCAUCGUACACGAAUCUUGACGGAAAAAAGGAUUUUAUAAGCCACAUAUAAUGAGUUAUGUACAUAAAAAUAUGUAUGUAUAUAAAACGCAUAUGUAAAUCUAAUCUAAUCGUAAAGCGUU